AUUGGAAUAUCAUUCCUUGAAGUCACACAGACUCUAAAUUAGACGCCGCAAUGUGUAACACCUAUUUUCUGUCAGCGUAGGGAAAAGUUUCUCAGGAAUGUUGUCACAAUUAUUAGUUCUUUUGUUUUAAAGUCAAAUCUAAAGUAUUGUUAGAUAAUGUAACAUCAGACACAUAACGCGGGGGAAAAUCUUUGUGAAAAUGAAGUUACUUUUAUGGCUGAGAAAUGCAAAUUAAUAUGGAUUCUGACAAUAGCUUCAGUCUGUAAAAUUUUUGUACGAAAGAAUUUCACUGUAAUGAGUGAAAAGGGACACAUCUCCCAUCAAACUACUGAUAAGUUAAUAUAAAGAAAUAAACAAGUCAAAUCGGCAUUAAGCUUCUUAGAGUUUGUUACCAAAAUGGUAGCAACACAAGAUGAUUCAGGAAAUGAACAUUCUAACAAGGAUUACAUAUCCUCAGAGUCCAAGAAGAGAGCCAAUGCUGCAGUCCAUGCCUCACAGAUAACUCCAUCUACAAAUAUCAGCAAGGAGGACCAGAAAGUAAUUAUACCUGUACCGGAUCAUACAGGCAGUUACAAUGAUCCCCAAGAUCUGAAAGGAAGUUCUUGGGAUGAUAGUGAAAUGAAAUCAUAUCUUAGUACUCAACAACAUCUUUAUUCAGCAAUAGGUGCAGAAGUAAGUAGAGAACAGAAAUUUGACAGUGAUAAGGUGAAUGUAGAUUCUCUGUUCUUUGCAGAUCGAAAGAGAGAUAAAGUAAUUGUUCCAGUGCCCUACAAAGUGCUGGAAGAUAGGAAAGCUAAUGAUUGGGAUGAGAAAAUAAUUAUACCCACAUCUGCCCAUGGAAGUGAGAGUACAGACCCUCGUCUCAGAGCAGAACAACACAGAGAGGUAAAGCAAGGGAUACAAAAGUUAAUUAUGCCAAUAAAUUAUAGUAAUGUGAGUGAUAAAGAUCUUCAGUCUGCUGUUCAAGCGAAAAGUGAGACAUUAGGAAAAUACGAUGAAAAAUCAAAAAGUACAGCCCAAGCCAUACAUGGAGUCUUGACCGAGAACGGAGUAGCUCAAGAAAUUUCUCCUUCUGAUAGGAAAAAGCUGUUUGGUGAUCCUCGCAUGACAGUACUCAGUCUGAGUGAGAUUGAACAGCAAACGGAAAACAUAAAAAAAUAUUUAGAUGAACAAAAACAUGAAGAAAUGCUUCCCAAAGAUAAAGUUGAUACUGUUGUCCAAUCAAAAAGUGAGACAAUUGAAAAGCAUGAUGACGAAUCAAAAAGUCCGGCACAGGCCAUACAUGGAGUUUUGAAAGAUAGUGGAAAACCUCAAGAAAUUUCUGUGUCUGAUAGGAAACAGCUGUUUGGCGAUCCUCGCUUGACAGUACUCACUUCAGAUGAAAUUGAGCAGCAAACUGGAGAUAUUAAAAACUAUUUGAAUGAACAAAAACAUGAAGAAAUGCCUUCGAAAUCUUCUGCUUUAGCAAGUGGACCUCAUCUGUCAGAGAAACAAACAAAGAAACAAAAAAUAGUAACUGACGCUAAACCACAGCAACCUACAGACAAUGAAGGGAUGCAACAAUCUGAUGGCCUAAAAUCAUUGAAGAAAGGAGCGAAGAGUGUGAAAAAAAUUGUUUCUUCACUAGUAGGUGAUAAGUUUAAGGACAGCCAUGAUGUUAAAAAGGAAGCUUUUGAUAAAAGUACUGAGCAGGCAAGUAAUUUGAAAGAAAAUGUCCAGAAAACUUCUGUAACACAAUUUAUUUAUGACAAGAAAUACAAAGCUGCUGAGAAGCCUACAAAUAAUGAAACACAGGAUUUGGACCUUUCUAAUAAAGAAUUGGCUGAUAAGGCUUCUCUGCUACAUUCAAAACAAGCACACAGUAUUUCAGCUGUGGACAAAAGCAAUAUUGAGAUAAAGACAGUAAAACCUUUGGAAUCCUUGGAGAAGAAGGAGAAAGGAAAAGCUUCAGUUAAGAAAGAUGAUAGUGUAAAGUAUGUAGUUUCAGAAGGAAAACUGGAUAGUGAAAUUCAAAGAAAAUUGCUUGAAAAUAGUGUAAAAAGGAAAGUAACUAGUCAGGUUAAACCCAAAAGUAAGAUUUCUGAUAUUAAAAGAAUAUACAGAGAUGAGGGUUCUUUCGAUAAAGAGCAACAAGGAAAAAUGAUGGAUGACAAUGUCAGUGCAAUAGAGAAGUACCUUCAACAAGAAAUCAGUAAAGUUUCCCCUGAAAAAGUUAAAGGGAAUAUCACAGAACCAAAGAAAGCCGGAGAUUCUCACACUGGAAAGAAUUCAAAAAUCCUUGCAAAGACUGAAGCAGAUCUAAAGAUAAUACCAAGUAAACAUUCUAGAGAGCAGAAAGUUGACAAAUUGAAAAACAUACAUCAAAAGAAGUAUGAUAAUAAGCAGCCAGAUACCAGCUCAAAUGCAACAGACAUUCCCACGAAACAACAAGAAAUGAAAGAAGCCAAAGAUGCAGUAUCAAAACCAAUUAAAGAAGGUUCAGUAAGAGAUCAGCAGAAGAAACCCCCCAAAGAAACAAGUUCUGGUAAGUUAGCAAAACCAGACAAGCAGUCAUCAUUUGACAAAUAUUCUACAGUAAAAAAUGAACCAGACAUGCAUUCUUCAUUUGACAAAUAUUCCAUUGGAGAAAAUGAUCCAAACAUGCAUUCACCACUUGACAAAAAUUCCACAGGAGAAAAUGAGCCAAACACAAAUUUAUCAUAUGACAAAUAUUCUAGAGGGAAAAAUGAGCCAAAUACACAUUCAUCAUCUGACAAAUAUUCUACAGGAAAAAAUGAAAGCACAGAGGUACUUCAUGAAACACAUAAUACAUACUUUAAAGGUGGAAGUGCAAGAACAUCACACUCACAAAAUCCGGACCAUACUAAUCUAACGGAUUUUGUUUCUCACUACUCAGUUACUGACACAAAAUUAGACCAUCACAAAUUUCAUAACCAGUCUUCAAAAACAAUUUCACAAAGCCAGGAAGCUAACUUGACAGAGACCAAUACCAGGCAAAGUAUUACAUCUCCGUCAAUCACCUUGCUGGACUCACCUCCCAGGUACAUGCUGAGAGACAUAAAAGAAAGUGAAGUGACAAAACCAGGAAAUGAUAGAUUGAACACUGGUAUAACACAAAAUACUCCGUGGCCUGUACAUCAGCUGUCAACAGUAAACAGCAAGUGUCUUGGCAAACCUAUGCGUCCAUCAUCGUGGGGUGAUUCAGGGACAUUCCUUCCAUGGGUGUCAUAUGUUGCUCAGAAGAAAAAUAAUAAAAACAAUCUUGACGCAGAGAAAUCUGAAAGACAUGGAAAUCUUCAUGUAAAUGGAUACGGACCUGAAAAUCCAUUUUGGCAAUACCUUGGGCGACAGUAUGCUUGGUUCAAAGAUAACUUCAAUAAUCACACAAAUCAUGGAAGGGCUAAUGUGGCAAAGGCUACAUUGCUGGCUGUAGGACUCUUUGCCAUGUGGCAGAUAUUUAAACCCAAGAGUCAUCAUCAGCUUAUCUACCAAAAAUGUUCUGAAUGUGGCUCAGUUACCCCCAUGGAUAACAAACGUUAAUAUUUUAAGCAUUUGCACAUGAAAUGUGAAAUGUGCCGAACUUAUUAUAUGUACUACAGUUUUUGUUACAAAAUGUGAAUUGUUUUAUUUAGUUUUUGUACUUAGUAUACAUACAGUAUCCAAAAAUUACAAUACUUGCAACAAAAAACUGUGCCCAAUGAUUGGAUAAAA